AUGACAAAGACGCAAAACCAUAAUCACGAAAAGAAGGAGUCGGAAGAUGCCGCAUUCAUAGUGUCGGACGACCCUUCAGAAUUUGAUCCAGUUCAGGAAAUCGCAUUUCAAUUUGGCAUAGAUUUCAUCAAUCACUCGGAUUUCGAGGAUAUUCAACUCAUCAAGACGGAACCAAAGGUUGUGGUGAGUCGAGCGAUAUGGAAAGAACAAUCACGGCAAGUCGCUUUGAAACAAAUCCUUGGCGACAAUGAUGAAGAGGUCCAUAAGAAAUUAGAGACUGAGAUAAUGCGUGCUUUGCAAAAUUUGGAUCAUGACAACUUAAUGCAACUUUAUGGCGUUACCCAAGAUUACGAGUCAAAUAGUUGCAUGAUUGUAUUGCAAUUAGCCAAAAGCGGUAAUUUACGAGAAUACAUGACUGCGAAUCCCGAAUCACCAUGGAUUAAUAGACUACGAAUCGCGAGGGAUAUAGCACACGGGCUAAGGCGACUGCAUAAAGCUGGUGUGAUUCAUGGGGAUCUCCAUGCAAAAAACAUAUUUAUCGAUGACGGCAAGGCAUUCAUAAGAGCACCACGUAUGAUCGCAUACGAUGAUGAAUCAACGCCAAAUUACAACGAGUCACCAGAGGUAAUCCCCUACGUGGACCCUAGAUUGAUAGCCGACAUGGAUUUUCGACCAGAUCGAGGUUCCGACAUAUACAGUCUUGGUGUGGUAUUGUGGGAGAUAUCAAGUCAAAGACCACCCUUCGAGAACUCUGAAAAUCACGUGAGACUCACCGUCGACAUAUUGGCUAAAAAAAUACGUGAACAGCCCAUACCCAACACUCCAGAGGAUUAUGUAAAGCUGUAUGAGGACUGUUGGCAGCAUGACGCCGCGUCGAGACCAACGAUCGAUGAGGUCUGCGAUAAGUUGGAUGAAUUCCUGAAGGAUGAUCCACUCUCGUCCCACCUCAGAAAAAUCAGAUCGAUCGGAUCUGAUGAGGAAGAAUUUACGUUCGAAGAAGACCCUCUGCCGCAAUCGUUACCAAUCAAAACCGGAAACGGUCAUUCCCAGUUAUCAAACGGAAAUCGCGAAGUUAGAAAACAGAAUGGGUCUAUUCGUUCGGAAUCGAAUAACGAUAACAUGAUCAAGAAACAAACCAAACGAACUUCAAAAUUAUUCAAAACUUUCAAAUUAGAUGUCCAGAAGACGAAGUCUCGAUUGGCGCACGCCUGGUCAAGGAUGUCGUGCACUGGUCGCGGGCAUGUUCAUGACGACAGAGAAAACGAGAGAAAAAAAUGA